AUGGCCCAAAGGGGGGCGCAGGGGAAUGUAGAAAGUGUACAGGAUGCGGUUAUCAAUCGCAUCAAGCAAUAUGCCUGCUGCAGCGCUUCCAUAAGUUCUGCGGAAACACCCGAUGUGCUAUGUUUAGUUGAGGCAGCAAAAACACUGCUGAAGGAGCGCGCGGCCAUCAUUUUGAACGAGGCUGCCCUGGAACCAGUUCUGUUGCAGUUCAGUUUGGACACCACACCUGUGAGAACUUGCCAGCGGGUGUCGCGAAAACAGGGCGACCUCCAUGUGAAGCGGGCUGCCAAGACCCAACACGAUUAUUUGGUGUGCCAGCUCUUCGUCACGGUCCGUGAUGUCGCCGGUGGCUUUAUCCAAACGAUGGUGUUCAGAGACCCGGUACGUCUGCAGCACGGAAAGACGAUGCGAGCGCUCGCUUCAUGCGCUGUUGACAAUCCCGGAAUGCGCCUGUCUCCCUCCCAGCCAGGUCGCAUUUGCGUGAGACAUCAGGUGCACGACAGGGGCAUCACACAAAGUUUCACGAACGCGAUGUCUGGUUUCUGGUUCACACGGGCCUGCGAAGCGUCGUCCGCAGCAGGGACAGCGUCCGAAGACGUGGUUGCUUUGCAUGAAUUGCACACCCACGUAGGUUGCUGUGCUCAUGAUGCGCACAACUCCUUGAAGUGGGCACACCAAGCUCUUUUCAAUGACAAGCUGCUCUUGGAGUCUGUCUACAUAGGCAUUGCUGCUUGCCGGGCGGCAUACUUCAAUGCCAUCGACAUUUUAGGCACAUGGCUUGUUGAGAAGUUGCAACCUUGGCCAGAGCCACUGUUGCCCGACGCCCAGGAGAUGUUGUUGCUCUGGACUUCUUUGGGCGUCGACUCGGAAUGUGCGAAGAUUCUGGCAAACUGCCGUUUGCUUUGGCAAGAGGACAGACUACUUAUCAGCCAAGAUGCAUUGUCGCAAGCAGAUUGGCUGGAGCAGGUUUCUGUUGCUCUGCUGGGGGUCUGGCGUUUCCAGCGUUUCACAGAGUCCAGGUGGUGCACCGUCGGCUCUUCGUGCAGGGCCCUUACAAGUGCAUUGCUUUUGGGCUACAUGAACCUACUGCACUACAUGCGUGAAAAGGGUAUUUUGGGCGAGUAUGAAUGGAAUGGCUGCCGGCGCAUAGGUGACGCCGAGCGACACUUCGUGGUGGUUGUGGGCAUGGCAGCUUUUUUGCCCGAGACGUUUCUGCUGCAUGUGCUCAAAGAUGCGCGUGUGGCCAAAACGCAAGAGUCUUUACAGGAACUCCUCUUUGAAGAGCUUAGUUUUCUGGACAACUUGCCGACAGCUGUUUGGAGUUACCUAAGCCAGGCAGUCAAGGGCCGGCCCGAAACACUCCGAAGUGCCGUGAUCCAGGGCGCUUUGGUUUCGUGGGCUUUUCUGGAGUGGCGUGUGCUUGCAGUCGCAACUUCACUUCCCUGGUCCUUGUGCGCAGGAGACAUUGCUCAGAACCUAGAGGACCUGUUGAGUCGCGAAGAAUGCCCCAGUGAGCCCGUCGCGGAGAAGCUGUAUCUGCUUGGACAAGCUGGGUACAACCGCCACCGCUUGACAGAAGCUGUUCGGUUGUUAGGGGAAUGCUCUUGGACAUCCGCCUUUACGGAGAAGCAGCAUGCCUCCACCAGUCGUGUCCGGAGACAUCACCCCGAGCUUGGCGACAACAUGCUCAUGGCGCGUGCUUUUUGCCACACCUUUGCCCAAAUGCUGCCUGGAAUGUCCGAAGAAGACCGAAAGAGAGCAGCACUGGUGUCCCAACUCGUGAAGACAUUGAAAGCAAACCCAAACUACAUUACUGGGCGGCAAGUCUUCUUGAGAUACAUCAUGCAGAAAGCUUCUACGCUCGAGACUUCUCGUGGUGUGGCUUCGCACUACAAGCGACCUCGAAUCAUGAAAUAUCACGGAGCUCAUUGGGAGAAGCUCACUGCAGAGGCGAAAAGAGCCUACGAGCAGGAAGCUGAGGCAGAGCGAGCGUCCAAGCAGAUGCGUCGCACUGAAGACUUGGUGUCACUUCGCCAGGAGCUUGCCAGUCUGCGUGGUGAGGCAGGAAAGAGCAGGGAUCCGCAGGGUUCAAUGCUCAUUUCCAGCUGUGCAUUGGACAAGCCCUCCUUGCAGAGACUUGGCAGUCUCCUGCAGGAAGGGAGCUUCAAAGGCAAACAGCUGCAGAAGUUGCGGGAACGAUGCUUGGAUUGCCCGAAGCCGCUGCCGUCAGCAGACAUUGCCAAGCUGGAAGCGGCUUCGCAGUUGCCUUUGCGGAGUCUGCAAGGUCUUUCCGUCAUUGCAAAGCAACUGUGUCACAUGCGUGACACUUUCCGUGAAGCAGUUUUUUGCGUGCCCCAGGAAGGAAGCGACCGCUGGCUGCGGUUUCUUUUCGCGUCCCAGAAUCCCUUGGCAGUGUUCUUCCAAGACUUGGAUGUAGAGACAGUUGAGCACAGGUCGGCAGAUGUAGGCAAAGGCUGGGCAGAGCAGUGGGCUGCAGCUCACCUCUGGCAGUGGAGGCUUCGCGCAGGACAGUUUGUGUCCGGAACUGUCUUGGAAAACACAGACCCUAACAGAGUCAGCGUUGUCAUGCGCAGUUGGUUUGCAGCAGAUGGACGGGUGCUGUCUCAUGACGUUUUGCAGCCUUUGCAACCUGUGUUGACAGCUCUGGCGCCGGAGCAGGCCCGUGAGCCGGAUCUUGUGCCCCCGCCCACUGCGAGACGCCGUGCUGCUGAGCCUAGCCUUGUUGAGGAGCAUCCCUGGCUGGCUGCUGUGACCACGGUGAACGCAUCGCAGGAACACAGUGAUCGGGAAGAGCUUCCCGAUGAUGCUGCAGACGACACUUUGGGAGACCCAGCUUCAGAGCAUGAUGGCUUGGAAGGUGCUGGUGGGCAAGAUGGCGACUACGACGACCUGUUCACUGCGCUGGAAAACCAGCGCUGCGUGCUCCGAGGAGAUGCUGCAGAGCACGGCGACAUGUUCAGAACAAGCCUUCUAGGAGGGCAGUGGCAGGUGGAGAGGACAGGCCGCGCCAUCUAUGGCAUCAGGGUGGACGUAAAGAAAGGCACAACUGCAGCUGAACUGUGCGCUGCUUUCAAGCUGACAAAGAGUUCGAGUUUCGAGCGGUCUGUGUACGGAGAAGAGGGAGGGAGCUUUCUCUCAAAACUGUGGAUUCACCGCAUGUCUUUCCUGUGCGCGGCGUGGGAAGAGACAGGCAAAGCAAAGAAGGGUAUCUCACAGCAAGAUCUAUCCAAGUACGUGCUUCCUGAAGAGAUGGAGGCGAGAAUGCACACGCUUGAAGGCAAGAGCUUGGUCCGUGCUCGUGCCAUCUUGAAGAUUGAAGCACGGUCGAAAGCCAAAGUGUCCCGGCCAAAGAAAACCAACAGUGUGGACGCACAAGUGCGCAAGAGCUUAGCUGACAAUUUCAAGAAUAUGUCAGCGGCUGAGAUCGACGGAACAGUGAGGGAAGGCCUUACCCUAAGACAGCGCUUGAUGCGUGAUAAGCAGCAGCAGCAGCAAGAACAGCCUGGCUCCGUAGCAUUUGGGAAAUGCUAUUAUCAGAGCUUGCGUGACCUCUACGCUGACGGCAACAAAGUUGAAGCGCUGUUGUGCCCUGACCCUUCCCUUGCAGUCAGGCAGGAGCUAGUGGAAGCUGCAACUGCAGCUUUGAAGCACCCGCCUAACAGGUCUUUGCUUGUCCAGUUUUUGAAAGUCACAACAACUCUCAACCAAGCAGAGUUCGUAGGGGUGCUGCGCUGGAUGAUGUCCCUUCAUCCAUCAGCCAGCAAUGAUCAACUCAAGAGUGGUUUGGCAGUCUUGGAGACUGUUUCCCGCUUGAGUCUCCACGAGAAGUUUCCGCACGAAGCUUCCUUGGCUAAGUCCAAGUGGGACGAGAUUCUCUUGGAGGCCUUCCUCAGCGUCUCCAAAGCAGGGUGCGGGCCGGCGCACUGGCUCAACAGUCACAGCGACGUCUGGCCACUGGUGCUCCCAGUGCCCCAGACCCGCAAGUUGCUGAGCUUGGGGGAAGACGAGUCGCGGAACAGUGUUGCGAAAGAGCUGCGUUCGGUGACAGAGUCUUCCAUGCUCGGCAAACGCCUUUUCACCUUUGCAGCGUUGAAGGUCGUUGACGAGUCUGUGCAGGCAGCAAUCCUGGAGAGCUCGCAAGAGUUGCUGGGUCUCUCCGCCAUCAGCGCUGAUGCCCUACAUAAGGUGAAGGCGGCCGGCCUGGAGAAGCUCAAGAGCUUGGUCUGCAUUGACGACUUGCCGGAUCGCAGAGAAGUGACUGUGCAGUAUCGAGGUUGGCCAGUAGUGCUAAAGGUCUCUUGCGUGGCAGAGCAGUUGGACUGGGCCUUGAUGUCGGCUUUGAGGGGAGCAGCAGCAGCGGCAAAGUCCAUCCCUUUGUUGCCUGCAGAGGAGUGGUUAUGCCCAACCAGUGACGAUGCAAAGCAUGCCAAGAUCUCUGACGAGUUGCUUACAAAGCCCAAGGCCGUGAGGGAGCUCAUGUCUGCGCUCGUGCAGGCUGGAGAUGAGAAGACUGGCGAGGGCAUGCAG